UAGCCUUCCUCGACCCCCCAAAUGGAACCUCUGGUACUUCCGCCCAACGUCUUCUCCGCCCUAGCCCUUUCUCUCCUCCUUCUCUUCCUCACUCCGGCCGCCGCCUGGCGUCCAUGGCCUCGCCUCGCCGAGUCCAACGCCUCCAUUGACCCGCUCGUCGGCGACUCCAAAAAGUUCGAGGGAUCUUCUGAGUUCGUCCACUUGAAGUACCACAUGGGACCUGUUCUCACCACUAAUAUAUCGGUCCACAUUAUCUGGUACGGCUCGUGGCAGCGGAAUCAGAAGAAGAUCAUCCGUGAGUUCAUCAACUCCAUCUCCGCCGGCGCUUCCAAAUCCCCGUCCGUCUCCGGCUGGUGGAAAACCGUUCAGCUCUACACGGACCAGACCGGUAACAAUAUUUCCAGCACGGUCCAGCUCGGCGAAGAGAAGAACGACCGGUUUUACUCGCACGGAAAAUCGCUGACUCGGUUGUCGAUUCAGUCGGUGAUUAAAAGCGCGGUGACGGCGAAAUCCCGACCGUUGCCGGUUAAUGCUCGGAAUGGACUGUACCUUUUACUGACCGCCGAUGAUGUUUAUGUAGAGAAUUUCUGUGGGCAGGUGUGUGGGUUUCAUUACUUCACGUUCCCUUCGAUUGUAGGGUAUACGCUGCCGUACGCUUGGGUUGGGAACUCGGAGAAGCUUUGUCCGGGCAUUUGUGCUUAUCCGUUCGCGGUGCCGAGUUACAUGCCAGGGGUGAAGGCCAUGAAAUCGCCAAACGCCGAUGUUGGAGUGGACGGAAUGAUCAGUGUGAUAGCUCAUGAAGUGGCGGAGUUGGCGUCGAACCCGCUGGUGAACGCGUGGUACGCUGGGGCGGACCCGAUUGCGCCGGUGGAGAUUGCCGAUCUCUGUGAAGGGAUUUACGGAACCGGAGGAGGUGGGUCGUACACGGGGCAGUUGAUGGACGGACACGAUGGGGCCACGUACAACAUGAAUGGGAUCAGACGUAGGUAUUUAGUCCAGUGGGUUUGGAAUCAUGUGGUAAAUUACUGUACUGGCCCUAAUGCACUGGACCAGUAGUAGAGGAAUAUUUCUCUUGUUAUUCCUUAUUUUUCUUUUUUCAAUUUGAAAAUUUCUGUGCUUUUAAUUUGGGAGGAGGGAGCUAUAUUAUUGGAGUGGGCUUUUGGGCCUUGUGAGGACUGGCGGUUAAUUAGUAUCUUACUUCUUAAAGGCUUGGUUAAUCACACGUGUUAAUAAAAAGAUUUCCCUAUACUAAUUUUCUA